AGACACAGAGGAACAUGGCCGCCGUGCAGAUCAGGAGGUUGACCUUUCACCUGACGCUCACCGUCCUCCUAGGAUCCUCGACGUCCGAUUGGCCGCCGGCUCCUGCAGUGUCCUCUCAGCUGUCUCCGUGUCAGCUUGUCAACCAAACGGUGUCUCUGGAGAAGGACGGAUGUCACACGUGUCACCCGGUGGAGACGACCAUCUGCAGCGGCCACUGCUACACCAAGGAUCCCGUCAUCAAGAUACCAUUCCUCAACAUGUACCAGCACGUGUGCACGUACCAGGACGUGCACUACAAGACCUUUCACCUGCCGGACUGUGGUCCCGGCGUGGACCCGAGCGUCACGUACCCGGUGGCUGUGAGCUGCAGCUGCAGCAGGUGUGCGAUGGACAUGUCCGACUGCACGUAUGAGAGCCUGCAGCCCGACAUCUGCAUGAACGACAUACUUUUCUACUACUGACGUCUGCAAACUAUAAUAAAAAUAAUAUAGUAACUACAUAAUAAUGAUGACAGAGUUAAACAAUGUGGCUCAACAGCCACUUAUAUACAAAUAAAAACCAGUGAAAAAGC